AAAUUAAUGUUAAGUAUUAUAAUAUUUAUAGCUUUAUUUUACAAUUGCAUUUUAAAAUCAUAUUGGCACACAGUUCAUGGAACUAAAGAAUAUAUUUUAUAAUUGAUAUGCAAACAUUAUUAAACGCUAAGAUUGGUUUUGAACAAAAAAUGUCACUUCUUAUACCUUGCAGGGAUUGACGAUACAGCAAAUAGUAUCGAUAUUCCACUGUAUUAGUCACCUGAUUUGAUGGUGUUUCUUUCGUAUCUAGCAGGGAUUGGUACAGUGGAAGUAUCGAUACUCUCCGCUGUACCGCCCAUCCCUAAUCUUUUGUGUUUAGUCGUAUAUUGGUUUAAUAUACAACUUAAGAUUGUUGUUUAUUUAUGUUGUUUAGUGUAAUAAAAAUUUGCUUUAAAAAUAACUCAUAUUUUAAUCUUAUAUUUGUUUAUGUAUAAAUUUUCCUAUUUCAAACAUUUUAAUAAUAUAAAAUUUUAUGUUAAUUAAAAAUGCUAAAAGUUUAGAUCAUUUUUAGCAUUAUUGUUGUUAAUGUUACGAUUUUUGUUAUAUUUUUACAUUUCUAUUUAUUAUUAAACGCAUAUUUUCAUGAAAACUUAAUUGUUGUAUUUUAAUAAAGUAGCUUUAACAAAUGUAAAUACACUCAUAUAUGAGUGUGAUAUGGCUGUUUUAAACUAUAUACAUAUUUUAUUAAAAAAGUCAUUAUCUAAUUUUUAAUAUUUUCAGAAUCAGAAAAUGAAUUGAAAAAACUUCAAGAAAAGAAAAUGAAACUUGAAUUAUUUGAAAGUGUACAGGAAGAAAUAUCUUGUCAUUCUGUCGCUAAAAGAAAUGAUUGUGCAAUGCAAUUAGUCUCUACACCAGUUAAUGAAAAAUUAUUACAAAAUAAUGUUCAAUUAUACAAUACAAUUGAUCCUUAUACUAACAAUCAUGCAACAACUGCCAAUGGUCACGCAACACAACAAAUUUCUUGCUGCACACCAAUUAAUAAAAUAUUAUAUAAUUCUGAUGUUCAAUUAUCAAACACACCAAAUGUUAAUACAAAUUAUAAGACUUUUGAUGAACCUUCAGAAAAUAUAAUACUAGAAGAAGACGUAACGAAAGCUAAUAUGGUUCAAAGUAAUACAUCUGAAAGCUCAGUACCUAGUGGUGCAACAGAUAUUUUAAAUGCUGUUGGUGAUGAUUGGAUGACAGAAUCAAUUGGAAAUGAGUGUGAUAAUAGCAAUAAUUUUGAUUAUAACAGAAAUCAUAAGUCUGACACUAUUAUAAAUGAAAAUAAUUACGAGAUAACGAAAGAUCCAGAUUAUUUUUCAAGUCAAAGUAAUACCGAUACAAAUAGCAUCAAUAAUACUACUAGUAAUACUAAUAAUAUUAGUAGUAAUACUAAUGAAACUUCACAAUCUCAUUCAAGCCAAAAAAAUUCAUCACUGGAAACUUCACUUUGCGAUGUAACAUCUCUUGACAUUCGCAAUGUAAUAGUUCCUUGUUCAAAAAAUUCUUUGUCAAAGAGAACAGUAAAAAAGUAUUUUUGUCCGUAUUGCAAAAAAUUACAGACAAAAUUUGCUCGACAUCUCGAAAUGAUACAUAAAACGGAAGCUGAUGUCCUAAAGUUUAUACAUAUUAAAAAAGGAACACGUGAACGGGCAAAGAUUAUUGAAACUAUUCGUAAUCGUGGCAACUUAUUACAUAACACACAUUCUGAAUUAAACACAGGUGUAUUUAUAACAGCUAGACAGCGUCAAGCUAAAUAUAAAAGAACUGCUGAUGAUUAUAUUUGUUGUACAAAUUGUAAAGGAUUUUACUCAAAACAUACUAUACGUUUUCACUACAGCAAAUGUAAGACAACACAUAAAAAAGGUGUACGUGAAAUUACUGUUAUGGGUAGACGAUUAACAGGAUAUAUUCAUCCUUGUGCUAAUAAAGUUCUUCGUAAUAUUAUAUUUCCUGUUUUAAGAGAUGAUGAAGUUGUGAGAUGUAUUAAGUAUGAUGAGUUAUUAAUAUUAUUUGGCAAUAAGUUAUGUGAAAGAUAUACAAGUACUCAUCAAUAUGAUAUGAUCAGACAAUACUUAAGACUGCUAGGUCGUUUUAAAAUUGCCAUUCAACAACUUAAUAAAGAAAUUGACGAUUUUGAAUCGAUUUUUCAACCUCAAAAUUUCAAUUUUGCUGUAAAGGCUCUUAGAAUAGUUGCUAAAUGGGAUGCAUCUAUAAUGUGGUUUAAAACACCUGGAAUUGCUAAUCAACUUACUACUUUACUAAAAAAAUGUGCACAUACAUUACAAUCUGAGUGUAUAAAAAAACAAGAUUAUAAGAGGAAACAGGCUGUCGAUGAUUUUCUUAUUUUGUGGCAUGAAGAAGUUCCAACUCUAAUAAAUAAGAAAGCUAUAGAAGAUCAAAUUAAAUAUAAACGACAAAAGAAACAAAUUAUUCCGUCAAAACACGAUAUUAAAUUGUUAUAUGAUUAUUUGGAAAAACAAUGUGAAAAUGCUCUUGAUAUUUUAAAAAAAGACUUUGAUCUGUCAUCAUGGAAAACUUUAAGCGGCUGUACAUUAAUCAUGGUCCAAAUAUUUAAUCGUAAAAGAGCAGGUGAAAUUGAAAGACUUACAAUUGAAGACUAUAAAAAUCAGGAAACUUUGGACAAAAAUGUAAAUCCGGAUCUCUACGACAAACUUUCUGCAGAAUCACAAAAAUAUGCACAAAAAUUUGUACGAAUAACUAUUCGUGGCAAAAAAGGAAGAACUGUCCCUGUUUUACUCCAUACGAUUAUGCUAAAAGCCAUAGAUAUGGUUCUAAAAUAUCGUAAACAUGCUGGAGUAAAAUCUCGUAAUGAAUAUGUUUUUAGUGUUCCGCAUACAAGUAAAGCAACCAAACAAUAUUUAAGAGCUUAUCCUCUUAUGAAAAAGUUUGCUCAUGAAUGUGGUGCAACCAAUCCAGCUUCUUUAACGGGAACUAUGCUUCGAAAACAAAUAGCUACAUAUACUGCAAUGUUGGGUAUAGAAGAUAAUCAAGUUGAUAAUCUCGCUAAUUUUUUGGAGCACGCCAAAGACAUACAUAAAAGUAUUUAUCGUAUACCAGUUCCUGUAAAAGAAAUGACGGAUGUAUCUCGGAUGUUGGAAGCUGCAAUGGGCUGUGAUUUAAAUAAAAAUAACAGUGAAGAUGAGAAUAACUCUGACACUGAUAUGACACAUUCAAGCAUUUCUGAGGAGAUUCCGCGAAUAAAUCGAUAUACGUCUGAUGAUGCUACACAUGAUUCUUCUAUUGACUACGCAAAUAAUUUUUCUGAUUCUGAAAAUUAUACUUCUGAGUUCCAUAAUAAAGCAAAAUAUAUAUCAAUAGAAAGCAAUAAUAAUGACAAACAAAUGAAUCCUACACAAAGACGUCGUAAAACUCCUCCAUAUGGGAAAACUAAACGUGUUCGUUGGAACGAAAAAGAAAAACAGGCAAUUUUUGAACAUUUUGGCAAUAUUCUUGAAUUACCACAGUUACCAUCUCUACAAGAAUGUCAAAAUGCUAUUUGCAAAUAUGGAAGUUUGAAACAAAGACAGCCACAACAGAUAAAAGCAUGGAUUGAUAAUCAACGAAGAUUUGAAACUCGCCAUAAAAUAUAAGAUUUUGAUGAGUGGCUGGAUUCUAUAGGGAGAUACGCUUAAGUUGCUAUUUCAUCUCGUACUGUACCACGCUAGUUGACACCAAAUAAAGCUUCAUUGGGGAUAGUACCAAUGCUCUUAUUUAAUGCAUUAUUUAAUGAAUACUCUACGUCUUUCAAUACUUUGUACCAAUAUUUUCCACUUUUGUUAUCGACCAGCUUGGCUAACAUAGAAGUAAGUACUCUGUUAAUACGUACGACGUGGCCGUUUGCCUGCACGUCGCUACCUGUCGCUACCAAAAUAUGUUUAACCAUCAUUUUCGCUAACAAAAUCACGAAAUUCUUGCGAAGUGAAUGAAGUACCACAAUACGAUAUUAUCACUUUAAGUUGGCUAUAAUUGACAAAAUAAUCAUCGUAUCGCUUCUGAAGUCGAGACAUGUUUUGUCAGAUAUAACUUGACAUACUUAGUGAAAGCAUCCACUAUCAGAAAUAUAUGCUACUCAAUUAAACGUACCUUAUCCACCGAAUCAUAAUAAUCAGCAUGCAAAGUAUUAAAUGGCAUAUUCCCCUUUGGAAUACUGUGCAGAUAUCCCUCCUUACGUCCCGACAUUAGAGAAAAGACAAUACACUUUAAGCAAUUUCUGAUAUGAGAUUCGACUU